UCAUGGCGCCGUUUCUUCUGCGUCACUUAAUCGGUUACGUUGAAGUCAAUUCUUGCAGUUUCCGUAUGUGAUUUUCGCAGUCUGUUUACUGACGAGAAACGCUAUUCAGUGAAGAAUCAAAAGUUCAUCCGAACAAGGCACAGCUAUGGGCCGCUACAGAAGCCGCAGUCGCGACAGAGAUAGAAGACGCAGAUCACGCACUCGCUCGCGUAGUAGGUCACCGCGUGACAGGAGGAGUUGGGGUGGUAGCGGCGGACGUGACAGAGCCACGAGUAGUCGCAACAGCCGUGGACAACCUGGUGCUAACUUGAGAAAACCUCGAUGGGACCUCAGUCGAUUGGAACCUUUCAAGAAGGAUUUUUAUAUUCCUAACGAAGCGGUUCAGAAUCGGGAUCCACGCGUUGUCGAGCAGUACAGAAGUGAGAAGGAGAUAACACUAAGAGGCAAGAACAUACCCAAUCCUGUUUUCAAUUUUGGCGAAGCUGGUUUUCCGGAAUAUGUCCUUAAGGAAAUCACGAAACAGGGUUUUAAUGAACCUACAUCGAUCCAAGCCCAAGGAUGGCCAAUAGCAUUGAGUGGACGAGAUAUGGUAGGCAUCGCAUCUACAGGAUCUGGGAAAACACUGUCCUAUAUAUUGCCUGCUAUAGUUCACAUCAAUAGCCAGCCAAAAUUAAGUCGCAAAGAUGGACCUAUUGCGUUAGUAUUAGCACCUACACGAGAACUUGCUCAACAAAUACAGCAGGUUGCAGAUGAUUUUGGCCACUCGUCGGGCAUUAGGAACACUUGUUUAUAUGGUGGAGCGCCGAAAGGAGCACAAGCUAGAGAUCUGGACAGUGGUGUGGAAAUCGUUAUUGCCACGCCUGGUAGACUAUUAGACUUUCUCGAAUCUGGGAAAACAAAUUUAAAAAGAUGUACAUACUUGGUAUUAGAUGAAGCCGACAGAAUGUUAGAUAUGGGUUUUGAACCACAAAUCAGAAAGAUUAUAGAGCAAAUUAGACCAGACAGGCAGACCCUAAUGUGGUCUGCCACAUGGCCAAAGGAGGUGAAGAAUUUAGCUGAGGAUUUUCUUAAGGAUUAUGCUCAAAUUAAUGUCGGUUCUCUGCAGCUUGCAGCAAAUCAUAAUAUAUUGCAGAUAAUCGAUGUGUGUCAAGAUUAUGAGAAAGAGAAUAAAUUAAGCACUCUGUUGAAAGAGAUAAUGGCUGAAAGCGAGAAUAAAACGAUAGUAUUUAUUGAGACAAAGCGUAGAGUAGAUGAAAUUACGAGAAAAAUGAAACGCGACGGUUGGCCUGCUGUUUGCAUACACGGUGACAAGACACAGCAAGAACGAGAUUGGGUUUUACAAGAUUUCAGAUCAGGCAAGGCACCGAUCCUCGUUGCCACCGAUGUCGCCGCACGUGGUCUCGACGUUGAAGACGUCAAGUUUGUCAUCAAUUUUGACUACCCCUCCUGUUCCGAAGAUUAUGUCCAUCGUAUCGGUCGUACCGGCCGCAGACAGAAGACCGGCACAGCCUACACUUUCUUUACUCCCAAUAACUCCAACAAGGCUAACGACCUGAUACAAGUGUUGAAAGAGGCGAAUCAGGUGAUCAAUCCGAAGCUAUUGGAGCUCGCAGACGGUAAAGCCGGUGGAUAUGGUAGACACAGAGGUGGCAGGAACCGGUGGCGAUCGCGAGGCGGCCGCAAUGGAAAGGAGCGUAGCUACUCGAGAAGCCGAAGCCGAAGCCACAGUAGAGAACGUAACGGUCGCGGUAGCCGGAGGAGUUACAGUCGUAGUUAUACGCGAAGUCGGAGCCCAAUCAAUCGUACAGAGGUUAUCGGCAAGAGCUACUGGAGUAGCGAGAGAUGAUCUUCCAGCGGCGGAUAAGGACAAUGGCAAAGUGAUUUUUUCUUCUUUUUCACACGCAACGCGCGGCAGACGAGAACGGUGCACGACGAUUCGAGAUCAUUGUCUUGAAUUAUACAUUCACUGUUUGCGAUCGGCUAUUUAGGUCUGUCCCAUGGUGUAACCGACGAUUUGCGCAGGUCUCUUACUUCAGGGUUUCAGCUUCAGUGUAAGGUAACUGUCAUUAUCUAAUGAUAAAAUAAUGCGCGCUGGUGCGAGUUGAUGCCUAUUAUGCGCGCGCUCACUCAUAAUAUACAUAGAUACAACAAAAGUUGAUUUACUAGAGCCUACGAGAUGUAAAGUGAUUUUUUAACCGGAAUACAUCCCGAGGAGAAGAUCUCUGAUGUAUCUUCCGUCGCAACUCUCUGACUCCGAUUCUGAUGUGAUCACAACUUGUGCUGAUUUAGACACCUAAAAUUACUUUCAUGCUGAGAAAAAAUUUUUUAUCCGCGCAACAUUUUACGCUCUUUGAACGUUCUUUGAAGGGUUCGCAAACUCGCAGCGUACUUACUAAGGCCGGUCAUUCACGCGCUACGUUUCGGUAUGCACCAGUGCGUAUAAAGCAUAUUCAAUCGGAUUUAGGUGAAUUUACUUCUCACGACACAGAAGUAUUUGUAAGAACGCUAAAAUGUACUUGGACGAAUUUAACUUGACAUUGACAGUCGUGACUUAUCAUUCACGGAAACGGUGACAAUGUAUGACUUACAGCGCAAUAGUGUAUGCUUACCUAAUCAUUUACUUCCUUCGCGUCUGCCUUCCCCUCCAGUUCUCCAUGUUUAAUUUCUCCCCCUUGCGCGCAUAUUCACGGUACACCGAUUUAGAUUAGACAAUAUAAGAUAUACAAUUGCAAUACGGACUACCAUUUCUAUGUUUUUAUAACUCUUCUCACACUCUUCUCACACUAUUUAGCAGUAAAGGGAAAGAGACGGUGUCGCGGUGCAAGCAAGCGUAUAUGAAAUCCUUAUGAGAUGUAAACUUCCAGAAAUGUGUGUAGCGUUAUUCGCGAGCGAAAUCGACUGUACUCGUAGAUCGUAAUAAAUUAUAGGCGUUUAGCGCUUAUUUGUAAUACAUCCCAGUGUAUUUAGGCGACUUGCAACAAAUAAAAUUCAAUGUACAGUAUUUCUCGGACGUGACAAAUAAA